CUGACAGGAGUGGAACCUCAUAGUGGUCUUCUGUUGUUGUAGCUCAUCCACCUCAGUCGAUGUUUUGUGAAUGCUGAGGUGCUUUUCUGCUCUGUUGUAAAGAGUGAUUAUUUGAGUUACUAUAUGCUUCCUGGCAGCUCGAAUCAAUCUUGCCAUUUUCCUCUGAUCUCUCUUAUCAACUAGGCGUUUCCACAAACAGAACUGUCGCUCACUCAGUGUCGUUUGUUUUUCACACCAUUCUGUGUAAACUAUGGAGACCAACAACCGUGCUACAGUCAGAGUCACACAGAUGACCCUUUUUUCUCAUUCUGAUGUUUGAUGCAAAUAUUAACUGAAGCUCUUGACCUGUAUCUUGCAUGAUUUUAUACAUUGUGCUGUUGCCACAUGUCUGGCUGAUUGGAUAACUGCAUGACUGUGCAGGUAUACAGGUGUUCCUAAUAAAGUGGAUGGUGAAAGAAGCACGGAGAACCCUCAAAUGUCCACAGGUGGAGAAAUUCGAUGCCUCACAGCAUGAAACUAAGUUUUGGUGUUACUGCUGCGAAGUGGAGGUGCAGAAACACGUGACUGACGGCAGAGUCGCUGUGCUUUACGGAGGACUGCUGGAGCACAUGAGCACUCAAGAGCAUCGCAAAAACACAAACGCCUUCUGGUGGAAGAACAAAGCAGACCAUAAACACAAAGAGAAGUUUAUCAUCACUGAGCAGGAGACUGACAGAUUCAAGGAAGAAGUUGCCAAAGCUCUCGAACAAUAUGAGGAGAAAGAGGACACACUUAUUAAACAACAAGCGGCUUUAAUCCGGUCGCAGGAGCAACACAGGCUGGAGGUUCUUCAGGCUCUAAUAGAGCCUGAUCCAGAACUGCAGCAGUCUGCUGAACAGGAGCAGCAGAACAUCCAGCAGACGACCUGCAUGGGUUCAGAGCAGAUGGGAAGUUUUCACAGUGUACUGAAUGAGCAGGCAGGACCAAGCCAUAAUGAUCCCUUCAUGCAGAGUCAGUGGGACGAUUCAGGACAAGGCCUUACUUUCAUUGGCUAUCAGGACUGCUCUGCCAAUGGAAACGUUCACACGGGGGCGGUGCCUCCAUGGCUGCUGGAGGAUCCUGAGGACCAGAGUGUGGGUAACUCGCAGGACAUCGGUCCAUCUCUGCAGGAUUUUCUUAAACACAAAGAGCAGCAGAAGCUCAAGAAGCUCCCAGCCAACCGCGUGGGUGCCAACUUCGACCACAGCUCACACACCGACGCUGACUGGCUUCCGUCUUUCGGCCGAGUGUGGAACAGCGGCAGACGCUGGCAGUCCAGGCAUCAGUUCAGGCAGGAAGAGGCUAAAAGUGGGCAGAAGAGAGGGAGGGAGUGUGGAGGAAAGGCAGCCAAGAAGCAGAAACAUCUCACUAAUGGAGACAUCUGAUCAGCAAAUAUUCGUAGGAACACUGCAACCUGGUCAGGAGGAGCACGAAACUAAGUUCAGGUGGUUUUUACAUCCAUUGCGAGAAUGCAGGACUUCAGACUGUUAAUAAGGAAUGUUCAUUGUGUAUGUUUGGAUUUUUUUCAUAGCAAGUCACAGCAAACAUGUAGAAACAUUCCUGAUUUAUGUAACAUAUUAAUGCAGUUUGUAACUGCACUGCCUUUCUCACAUUGAGAAACAUAGAUCUAGAUUACUUUGUGGUAUGAUUGUAGUUAUACCACAACGCUGUUGAAUUCUCAAAUGAUAUUAAUGUACUCGUUCUGAUAGGUUAUCGUUUCUAUAGUAACAGCACGGACAUGCCACAUAAACAGAUUAACGCCAUGUUAUUUAACCAAGAAAAAUGUAUAAUUGUUGAUGUAGUGAUGUUUGCUUUAAGGAGACAUUUAUUAAACAUUUAUGGAAGGAGUCUCCAGUGUCAGCACAUUGUAACAAUCAGAAUUAAAAAUUGCUCAUUCAAGUUUUCACCACAGCAAAGUCUUCAGGAUGGAGGGCUUUACGUUUUCUGGUUUCUCCGUAACAUGACGAGAGGAAAAAAAAAAGAGGCUGGUGAGGGAACAAUUAUUUAUAGCUGCUUUUACAUAAGUGAUAGAGGAUGUUCCGCAACAUUUAAACGUAUACUAAUGCAUAAAAAUUGACAUUCUUUAACCAAUAAAAAUUCCAAUUAUUUUCAAAUUAGAAUUUUUAUUAAUUAAAGAAAAAAAAUGUCACACCACCUUGUCAUUGACUAUUUUCCUAUAACAGCACAUCCGG